AUGCCCGACACGCUCGGCGCUUUCACACCAAGUCCGGAGCACAACGUGAAUAUCCUCUCCAACGGUGGCCCCGUAUCCUACAAUUUUGCACCUCCUGCUCUGGUCCACUGUUACAACAUUUCCUUUCAUCGUAACCGUCGUUUACUGGAUUCUACUGGCCUCUUCCGAGACCUUCGCGACGCGGUAUUCCAGUAA